GUUUUUUUUUAUAAUUUUAUGCACUGCGCUUGAACCUUGAAAAGUGUUUGGUCACUGUCAAAUAUUACAAAUAAAAUCAAUGCUACGUUCUCUUUCUGGCAACCGGAGCCAUCCAUUGCAUGUGCAGUAAGUGGGCAUUGUAUAAGCGUGCCGCUGGGGUUGCCAGCUAGAAAACUGGCUGGUCCAGGCUGGCCAAGCAAAUUGCAUAGCUAAGAAAUUGCCUGUGUACCGUUUAUCCACUGAACACUCGUCCCACUCUAUUGGCUAUUAAUAAAUGCAGGCUGAACUCUUUGUGUGCGUGUAUCGGUCCGUUUGUCUAUCUGUGUGAUUGCGCGCGCUCUCUUUCUCACUUUAAGCGAGUUCCGUUAUCAGAGCUUGACGCAGUGCGCGCGUUUCUUCUUAUCAGCAAACACCGUUACGAAUUUCGUAUAAAUGCAAAUGUAAUUUGUUUCAGCUGUUUUCUAAUGCAAUUUGUCACCGCGCCACCUAUAGUCUGUUUUUAUUUUUAUUUUCUUGUGGACGAUCUACGUAUAUAGAACGCUAUGAGCAAAUCGCAUCGGGAUCACAAAAUCGUUAUCAUCGGCGCCGGAGCGUCGGGUGUUGCCUGCGCCACCAAGCUCCUGGAAUAUGGCUUCCAGAAUGUGCUGAUCGUUGAGGCCGAGUCGCGUCUGGGCGGUCGCAUACAUACGAUACCCUUUGGCGAGAAUGUGAUCGAUCUGGGCGCCCAAUGGUGCCACGGCGAGCAGGAUAACAUUGUCUACGAGCUGGCCAGCCAGCACGAUCUGCUCGAGUCCACGGGACCCGUCUACGAGAACUAUCAGUGUGUGCGCAGCAAUCGCGAAGUCUUGCCGGACAACGUCGCCAGCCGGCUGAAGGCGAUUGUGGGUGACUCGCUGGUCACACGGCAGCUGGAGCUGCAGCACUGCAGCGGCUCGCUGGGCAGCUAUCUGUCGAGCAAGUUCUACGAGAUGCUGCGCCGGCCGGAGAAUGCCGACAUUGAUCCGGUCGUUGCGGGCGAGUUCUUUGAUAAUUAUCAGAAAUUCGAGAACUCUGUGGAGGCAUCCGACACCCUGGAGGAGGUGUCGGGGCGCGGAUAUCUAGACUAUUGGGAGUGCGAGGGCGACAUUCUGCUUAACUGGAAGGACAAGGGCUUUGUCGAGCUGUUGCGUCUGCUAACGCGCAGUCGCGAGCUGCAGACGAGCUCGGAUCUGGGCAUCCUCGAGCAGCGGGUGCUCUUCAAUCGGCGCGUCACCAAAAUCAAUUGGAAUCGCAAUGAUGCUCGGGUCGAGCUGCAGCUGAACAACGGUGAAUCCUGCGUGGCAGAUCAUGUUAUAGUCACCGUUUCGCUGGGCGUCCUUAAGGAGCAGCAUUUGCAGCUGUUUGAGCCGCAGCUGCCGGUGGCCAAGCAACGUGCUAUCCAGGGAUUGGCCUUUGGCACCGUCAACAAGCUGUUUGUUGAGUUUCCGGCGGCCUUUUGGCCCGAGGAUUGGACGGGCUUUACGCUGUUGUGGCGUCAGCAGGAUCUGGCCGAUAUACGCAAUACGCCGCUUGCCUGGCUGGAGGAUGUCUUUGGCUUCUAUCGCGUCAGCUAUCAGCCACGCGUCCUCGCCGGCUGGAUCAUAAAUGCCAAUGGCCGGCACAUGGAGUCACUGCAGCCGGCUGAGGUACUUGCCGGCUGCAUGUAUCUCUUCCGGCGCUUUCUACACUGGCACAUACCAGAGCCGCUCGGCUUUCGCAGCUCCGCCUGGUACACAAAUCCGUAUUUCCGUGGCUCCUAUUCCUUUCGCUCCAUGGACACGGAACGCCUGGGCACCGGCGCCAGCGAUCUGGCCCAGCCAUUGACGGUGGUUGCCAUGACGCCGCCUUCGCCGGGACGCAGCAAAAUGCUGGUGCCGCCGCAGAGCCGCUGUGACAAGCCAAUUGUCCAAUUCGCCGGCGAGGCCAGCAGCGAACAUUACUACUCAACGGUCCACGGUGCCGUGGAGGCCGGUUGGCGCGAGGCCAAGCGAUUGGCGGACUUUUAUGGCCUCAGCGUGGCGCCGGCCAAGUCGCAGCUAUAACAUCAGGAGUCGGCGCGAGCCUAUUUUGUAAGUAAUUGUGCAAUGGAUUAUGGAUAAAAUGAAAAAAAAAAAAAAUGACAAAAAAGCUCAGGUCUUCCUAUGAUCUGCUUACAAUCAAUCAAUCAAUCAAUCCUGAUUAGAUAUAAAAAUAUAUAGCAUAAAAUGCUACUAUUUACCAUACAUAAAUCGUAUGCCCAUCAUACCUAUUUUGUCCUAACUGACCGCCUGAUUAGUCAGGUCUUCCUAGGAUCUGCUUACAAUCAAUCAAUCAAUAAAUCAAUUAAUCCUGAGUAGAAAUACAACUAUAUAGAAUAGAAUGCUAAUUUGUCCUGUUUACCAUACAUAAAUCUAAUGUCCAUCUAAAUUCGAAACAUUUUGACAGACCUUCUGUCUUCUUAGGUCCUGCUGACAAUCAAUCAAUCAAUCAAUCAUGAUUAUGUAUAGCAUAGACUGCUACUUUGUGCUAUAAAUCCUAUAUCCAUGUAACUACGAAACCUUUUGUUCUAACUGAACCCCUGAUUGACUGACUGAUUGACUAGUUGGCUGAUUGACUGAUUUAUUAAUUGGAGAUCAACGCAAAGCGCAGGCUAUAAAGCUUCAUUUUUCAAGUUAAGUUACAAUUUAAGUUCAGAAUAGCUAAAAAUGGAUUCACAAUAUAUACUGACUGAUUGACUGACUGGCUAGCUGUCUGAUUGAUUAAUUUACUGAUUGGCGAUCAACGCAGCACUAUGAAGCUACUUUUUGCACAGAAGUUACAUUUAACGUUGAAAUGAAGUAUAAAUUGACAGUACAACGACAAAGAAAACUGUGCUGACUGACUGAUUGAGUGAUUGAGGCCCAUAUAAAUAUAAAUACGAGCUCUUUGCCCGACAUGGCAAUUAAAUGUGAUUAUCCAUAUAAAUGUAUAUACACAUAUGUAUAUAUGUAUAUAUAUAAGCUGUUUGUUCUGACUGAUUGAUUGAUUGUCUCUCUGUCUGUCUGACUGAUUGAUGAGCUGCAUUUUCACUUCUUUAUGUGGUAUAAUAGAGUGAAAAAUAAGUGGAAAACGAUUGCAAGGUUUUAUGUUUUCGUCCGAUUGGCACUGAUUUUGGAUAUUUUAAUGGUUGGCUAUUUUUGUUUUUCAUCUGAUUGAAUUGAAUUAAAUUUAUACGCAAAGAUCUAUAUC